CCGAAACAAUUUAGCUGUUCUCCCGCGGACCAUUCUGCCCUUCCCGCAGCCCCUUAUUUCCCCGUUUGAAGCCCUCCGUCGGAUACCAGACAGAUCCCCUUCUCCCCCGCUCGCCCGCGGUUGCUCUCGACCGAGACCCUAGCCGUAGUCUCGCUUCGAGGUCGCUCGUGAUUGAUGUCGACGGGACGGCCGUCUUGAAUCGGGUCGGGGGGAGGAGCAGGGGAUGGACGGCGUAGCGGUGGAGCCGAUCGAGGAGGUCGGGGAGAGCUCGUCGCCUCCGAGGGCGGUCGGAGGGCCGGGGGUGUACGACAUCAAGAACGAAAUCUACGAGAGUCUCGUGGCGAGCGGGAACGAGGAGGUGCUGUCGAAUCCCCACUUCAAGGAGCAGUUCGAUGCCCACUUCAGCCGGUUGCCGGCCAGUUAUAAAUUGGAUUUGAAUGUUGAUAGAGCAGAAGAUGUUUUGAUACAUCAGAAAGUUCUAACAGAAGCCAAGGACCCAGACAAGCGGCCAGUUUUCCAUGUCCGUUUUAUAAAGCUAGAGGAACAAAAUUUGGAUGUGACAAAGAACAAUGAGGACACUGAAGACGAAUCUGAUUUUGGAGAUGCUCUUUCUGCAAGGCAUGAUGUUACGUAUGCUGUGAUUCAUGAAAUUAUCUUUUCUACUACUGACAAACCAAAGCUCCUAAGCCAGCUGUCAACAUUGUUAUCUGAUAUCGGACUCAACAUCCGGGAGGCUCAUGUCUUUUCAACAAUAGAUGGCUAUUCUUUGGACGUAUUUGUUGUUGAUGGGUGGUCUGAAGAGGAUACAGAUGAUUUGCACAAGGAGAUUGAGGCAGCAAUUAUUAGAAAUGAGGGUUCCUGGUCGGGUUCAUCUCAUUCUUCAGCCACUGAGAGGAUACUUUCUGUGCAACUAAAAGCUGAUGACUGGGAUAUUGAGAGAAAAUUGUUGAAAAUGGGAGAGAAAAUUGCAUCUGGAUCCUGUGGAGAUCUGUUCCGUGGCAGUUAUUUGGGUCAGGAUGUCGCGAUUAAAGUUAUUCGAUCAGAUCAUCUAAAUGAAUCUCUACUACUAGAGUUCCAUCAAGAAGUGUCAAUUUUAAAGAAAAUCCAACAUGAAAAUGUUGUUCGUUUUAUUGGUGUGUGCACAAAGCCCUCACAAUUUUGCAUAGUAACAGAGUACAUGCAUGGAGGAAACCUGUAUGACUAUCUGCAUAAGCAUCAUAACAUCCUUGAGCUCACUAUGCUGCUGAAAUUUGCAAUUGAUAUAUGCAAGGGAAUGGAAUAUUUACAUCAGAACAACAUUAUUCAUAGAGAUCUGAAGACAGCCAACCUCCUCAUGGAUAGCAAUCUUGUUGUGAAAGUGGCAGACUUUGGUGUUGCUCGGAUACAGAAUCAAGCUGGAGUUAUGACAGCAGAAACUGGGACAUAUAGAUGGAUGGCGCCUGAGGUUAUAAAUCAUCUACCAUAUGAUCAGAAGGCAGAUGUAUUUAGUUUUGCAAUUGUACUUUGGGAGCUCACAACAUCGAAGAUCCCAUAUGAGACCAUGACACCUCUGCAAGCUGCCCUAGGAGUGAGACAGGGGCUUCGUCCUGUACUGCCCGAAUACAUGCAUCCUAGAUUGUUGGACUUGAUGCAGAGAUGUUGGGAGGCAGCUCCUGCAGAACGGCCCACAUUCUCAGAUAUCAGAGUCGAACUUGAGGAACUUCUCCAAUUGAUUCAGGAAGCUAGAGCAACCAAUCAUCAAGAAAAUAAUGCCUCAAAAGAAUAUGAGAAACAAGUCUUCCUCCAGAAUUGACAGUGCUCUGACAACAAAUAAUUGGUCCAUAGUCACAGAAAACGAUCCGAUAGAAUGAAGCAGUAGUAAUUUCUCUUCGAAUAUGUUGCCUUUUUUGUGCUGUUUCACAUGUUUGUAUUUCACUGGGAUGAAAUCUGGGAGAACUGAUCUGUCUUAUUAGAGCCCCUGGUCUCAGAUACUCCAGUUAACAGCAUCAGCGAUUGUGGAUAUAUCUGACGGAAUUUAUCUGUGGAGCAACGAGGACUAAAGCUAUGUACUUCUGGUAGAGGGAGGAUUGUAAAUGCUGAUUCGGCUAAUCGAUUUAUGUAGUGGAAGGAUGCCUGUCCUUUUGUUUCCACACCAUGUGUAUAUUUUAUGGGGGUUCUUUUAUGGAACUGAUCCCUUGGUAAUUUAUGAAUCUCCAAUUGCUAUGAUUAAUGCGUUCGA